CAAUCGUGUGACAGGAAAAUUUGCACCGAAUUUGUAAUUUUUGACCGCACAAGCGCCGUUUCUCUGCGGGCCUGGUGUGUGAUAUUAUUAAAGAUGAUGGAUGCUCUGUCCGUUGUGAGUCAGCUGCGAGACCUGGCCUCUGAGCAGCAGAACCGGCAAAUCAUAGUUGAGGACCAGGGAUGUCUUCCCGGGCUGGUUCUCUUCCUGGACCACCAGGAUCCAGAUGUACUGUUAGCCACUCUGCAGACCUUACGCUAUUUGGCUGAAUUGACCUCCAACACUUCCACCAUGAAGAAUGAACUGGGAAUGAUGGUGAGCUUGGAGAAUGUAAAACAAAGGCAGGAUUUAUCUGUUGACAUCACAGCCUUAGCCCAAGAGGUGUAUGAUGUUCUAAAUGGAAGUGCGAUUCCACACCGCCGGCCUGAGGAGAGGAGGAAGAAAGCACAGUUCUUCAUGAACUCCUACAACAAGAAGGCAAAGUCUGUCACGUUGCACAUCCAGGGGCUGGACGGCACAGACCAGCGAGGGUUGUGUGAGGAGGCUCUUCUUAAGGUCAAAGGCGUGAUCAGCUUCACUUUCCAGAUGGCUUCCAAGAGGUGCAACAUCCGUAUCCGUUCAGAUCUGCCCACUGAGAGUCUGGCUUCGGCCAUUGCUGCCACAAAAGUGCUGUCAGCCCAACAGGUGGUGAGGAACGAGGCAGGCGAGGAGAUCCUUAUCCCUCUGAAUCCAUGUGGAGUGGAAGUACACCAGAACAAAUCUUUGCCAGAUUACCUCCCCGAGGAUGAGGAGAGCCCACCGAGGGAACACGACCGUGCUGUUUCCCGUACAGCGGCUAAGGAAGACUCUAACGGGAGCUGGCUCAACACUGCUGCUAGCUUCCUAUCUAAAACCUUCUACUGGUGAAAGGACUGGAACAGAGCUACGUGCAGGCUGCUAGAACAGAUGGUGGCAUACACGAGUGUUUUUUUCUUUCCCCACCACUUUGACUUGGCGUAGUGAUGCACAUUUAAGAUUUGUGAUAUCCAACGCCAUUCUGCUCUCAGGUCGAGAGCAAUGUUCUGUCUUGUUUCUUCAUAAAAUGUAAAUAUUUCUUCGAAUGGCUGUGAAA